AUUUGGAGCUGCUUGGGCGAUAAUAGAGAGGCACCACAUCAUUUGCAAAACCCCUUUGCAGAAGAAAUGGGGAAAAAUACAGACUCUGCCCAGAGUAAGGACACAAAAGUUCAAGCUGAAACACAGAGAAAGCGAAAGUAUACUGAUGCUUUACAACUUUCAGAGAAAAGUUCCCCACCAGUGCGGAAGUCUCAGCGCUUGAAGAAGAAGAGAGAACCCCAUACAGCUGCCAGUGAGGACAAGCAAAAAGAAGAAGAACAGAAGUAUCAUGAUGAUAGAAAUGCUGAAGGCAAUAUUGUCACUGACUUGGGAUAUACUGUUGAGAUCCACAAUCUUUCUUCUGAUGAUGAAAAUACACAGA